AUGGCAGCGCAGGAUACGCCACUUCCUUCCAUCCGAACCGUUGAUUCACCGAGCGAGAUACUGGACGAGUCAAGGGCACUGCAUGGAUGGAGGUCAAUGGCGUUCAGGGACUCUGAAAGCAUCUACGAAGAGGAGCGUGCGCGCAUGAAACACAGUUGGAGGCUCCAGCACAGUAAUGCAGACCAUGACGAUGCUGGGAUCGGAGCGCAGUCGCUAGUUGAUGCAAGUCCUGACAACAGGACGUCCUUGAGCCGCACCGUCACACUCGGCGGAAGUGCAAUUCCUGCCGCCCAUGGCUUCGGUCCCAUUUUGUGGUGUUCUGCCGCUUGCGUCCUCAAGCUCGCCGCAGGGUCCAUCCGCACCCUAACCCCUGCAAACUUCUUGGCCGCAUUGCGUGUUGCUAUGUCAGCGCUCCAAUUCUUCGCGGACAUCCUGAUGAUCUGCAUUGGCAUUGCUCCGUGCAUCUUCAUCCUCGCCUCGGAUUCCCUUUCAUACGUUUACAGCGCCGUCGCUCCAUAUCUACGGAUAUGCGGCAUAAUGUCUGUCUACCUACUCAUCCAGGGUUUGAUUGCGCUCUUAACAUGCCUCGACACGGCGGCUGUACUCGGACAACGUCUUGUGCUGCGGCCAACCCUCCAUGCGAUGCGUUAUUCGCAGGCGGAGUGGAGCCGCGGACCGAACAAGGACAGCUGGGGACGAGUGUGUCUGGUAGUGCGCGCUCGUCUAUGCAUUGGAAAUGCGUAUCCUCGAGGCAUGCCGACUAUACCGGGUGCUUCGUCUGCCCAGGACUUCGCGCUUCUUCUGAAGUGGGCGCAGACCGGUGCUAAGCUAUUCCGCAAACAGGUCGUCGUCCCGCUACGCAUCUCCUCCGCCGUCCCGCUGCAACUCGAAGAAUCCUUCGCAGUCAUGUCUGCUACCGAUGUCGUCCCGUUGGCUAGUGCCAUCCAGAAAGUGGCCGAGAGCAGAAAGGCCAUACUGGAAGCUGGAGUGGCAUACACUCUAGAGCUCCGGAGAAGUCUUGUUCUAAAUGGCAUCAGCUACCACAGACUCGAAGACGUGACCUUUCCAAUGAGGCGGCUUCAGAAGCAGAACAAAGCCUAUAGAGAAGAAGUGCUCAAGCGUAUUCAGCAUCAGGCGCAGAAGGCCAGGAGACUGCAGAGUACAGCACGAGUCCUGAGGAGUAUAAAGAUGGUCCAUUCCCUCAAAUCGACAUUGCAGGCAACAUACACUGAGACCGCGACGUUACUCGAACAAGCACACCGGGUCGUGGCCGCCGAAGAGAAGCUCACAGUCCUUACGAUGAUGGUAUCAUCGCGCACGGGCUUCGAGACUCUGUGGCAGAAAGGGGGCACUCUGGACGAGGUGGCUUCUGAGCUGCAACAGCGAUUGGCGAUACUGGAGGCCACAGAGCUAUCUCCGCUGAAGGAAACACCUUGUUUCGGCAACACGGAAGUCCAAGGAAACGCCAUUAUCAUCGAUCUCCAAGGGAUCGAAGCGUUUCGGGGAGCCGAUCUGCGCGACGCGCUGGAAAUUCAGUCGACGGCUCAGCGCAGAUGGGAAUCCAGUGGUCUGUCUACCGUGACGCGCGCAGAUUUCGACGGGGUGAUGCAGCAACUUGAGGAAUUGAAUAUGACAGUUCACGACAGAGGACACACCCAAAGAAAGCUUCAAGAGUCUCUUUGGGAACUGAUGAAAAAGGCCGAGACUGUACCCAAACUCAAGGAUGGAAUUGCAGUCGACCGCCUUCUCAAGACCAAUGCCAACGUGGCGGAGUUCGUCGAGCGUGCCGAAAAAUAUCAGCAGCUAUCGGAGCAGGGGCGUACGACGCUCGGCUGGGCUGCGGUGUAUGCCAGAGUAUCCGACGACUUGCAGCCCGUCAUGCUACAUGCGACGGCGCUCAACGCUCACGGCGUCCACCAUCCCGCAGCUGCAGCACCUCCGUCGCAGCCCCGCCGUCGCAGUCCGUCCGAAGCCCGCCCGGAACGAAGGGACCCGCCAGCUGGCGGGUCGAAGCACGGCGGCCUAGCCCGCGAGGACGUCCGCCAGGUCGACAUAGGAGAUGCGCGACGACUCUCUGUGAAACGUUGGCAGGAUGUCGCUUUUAUGCGGAGUCCUGUCCAAGGCGUCGACCACCUCGUUUCACGCCCUCGACUCUGGACGGGGCAGUCUCAGCUACGCGGCAACAGAAGCAAAGUCGGCGAGUCGCGCAGCCGGUGGAGCGGUACCGUAGGAGGAGCCAUGCCAGGGUGCGAAGAAGAGAAAACCCCUUACCACGUACUUGCCGCGCCGAAUGCGCUAGCGAAGGCGACGCUUCGCGCGAAGAUAUCCGAACUGCAGCCCACGCCUCGCCCGCCCAUCCGUCGCCCCCGUCUCGCCCCGGUCGUCCGUUUUGGUUUCGACCAUGCGUUGAUGACCGGGCGACAGGUGACCGCCUCGGCCGCGCGGAUAUCACGCUCUAUGGUAUGGGGCGAUUGGCCGCGAGUAAUGGUCGACAAGUCCACUGCACUUGGCGCAAGCAAGGAGCCCAAGGAUGCGCACCCUGAGCUGAUGCAGGCAGAAACACGGCUCACGGAGUCGGUGGUGUGGACCACACACAGCACUUACUACCGCUGCGCCGGGGGCCUUGUGUGGGCUCCGGUCUUCCUAUCAUUGGUAGCUCUCAUGCAGGGCACCCAAGAAUCGCUCACCAGCAUUAGCACCGUCCGCGCACAUAGAGAAGAAGCCAGGUUCAGCAAGACGAUCAGCCCUAGCAAGGUCGACAUCGUCCUGUUGUACAGAUUGAGCAAUGCGUGCUCGCUCGGCAUGCGAUCCUCAUCGUCCGUCGGCUCGGAGCUGUGGUCUGUCAAGGAUGGGCUGGUGAAGCGAGUGGGUCGUUCUGUGUCGACGCCCCAUGAUGGACAUGGCGGCACAGUUCCAAGUUCCAAAGGUCACAAAGACUCAGAGGGCACCCGCACGGAUGCGCAAUUGAUCUCUGCCAUCCAGCGGACGUGGCUACUGCCGCAGGACGGGGCGCAUGACGCCGUGGCGGAGGCGAAGUUCAGUCUGGACUCUCUCGUCGGCGACGAGGGGAGCAACUACUCCGCUGGCGAGAAGCGGAUGUUGGUGCUCUAUCGAGCGUUGGCGAAAAACAGUCGCAUCAUCGUCCUCGUCUGGGAUGUGUAA